AGCGCGAGUCGGGCCGCACGCACGCCGCAGAGAGCUGUAGCCUCGGUUGCCUGUUGCGGUCGCUGUCGCAGCCGUGUAAGGCCCUGCCUGUCGCGUGACUCUCCAAUCCCAACGGCUGCCGCGAGAGACGAGUCGCUGCCCGCGCGCCGCACGCAGGAACCCUCCGCCCGACCGGGAGCAGCAGCGCGCAGACACCCGCCCCGCAGUGAGGAGCGGCCGGCGCCAUGCCCAAGAAUAAAGGUAAGGGAGGUAAAAACAGACGACGAGGUAAGAAUGAGAAUGAAUCGGAGAAGAGAGAAUUAGUGUUCAAGGAGGAUGGACAAGAGUAUGCUCAGGUGAUCAAGAUGUUGGGCAAUGGAAGAUUGGAGGCAUUAUGUUUUGAUGGUGUGAAGAGGUUAUGUCAUAUCAGAGGGAAGCUAAGAAAAAAGGUUUGGAUAAAUACAUCAGAUAUUAUAUUGGUUGGCUUAAGAGACUACCAGGAUAACAAGGCGGAUGUCAUUCUAAAAUACAAUGCAGAUGAAGCCAGAAGUCUGAAGGCAUAUGGGGAACUUCCAGAACACGCUAAAAUCAAUGAAACAGACACAUUUGGUCCUGGUGAUGAUGAUGAAAUCCAGUUUGAUGAUAUUGGAGAUGAUGAUGAGGACAUUGAUGAUAUCUAAAUUGAGCUAAGAGGC